GACAGAAACGCGAAACGCGGACAGAGCGGGAAAUCGGGACUCCGUUCGGGCAAGGUGAUUUUCCGUGGUGCUUGUUCGCAGUUGGAGCUUCCGCGUCGUUCGGUUUUUGGUACCCAUGUAACGGGCUACGUUUCUCCAUCCGGGCCGGAAUAUUGUGGCACGGUUCCGUGCGAACGGGGAACAAAUGGCCAAAGACAUGUGGAGGCUCUGGUUCACCAAGUUGCUACUCCUGGCGGCCCUGAUGCUCGCCGCGGAGACGAGAUCCGAGGACGAUGAAUCGUUGACAGAUGUUAGAGCACAUAGAUUGGAAAGGGAUCUGCAAGGUGUGACAACGGUCCUCCUAGUCCCGGCGCGACCCGGUAAAUCCGCCCCACCGGUCGGUCUGCUGACGAAAACCGCGAGAACGUUCGUGCAAGAUGGUGCUAGCACGGAGUUCGCUACCCAGGUCCUCGGUACCACUCUGGACAAUGGCCGUCUCUACGCCAGGAUACUGUCCACGUCGAGCAGGGUGUUUUACGAGAAGGAACCGACCCCGGACACGCCGAGUCCCUACCUGGUGUACCCGUCACGAGCGCCCAGCGACGACUGGCAGCUCAGGGUGGCUCUCGAUAACGCGCCUAUCAAGGCUCUCAAAGAGAUAGAAUCCCCUAGAGCGGAGGAAUCUGGAAAUAGGAACGACGACGACGAUAAGGCCUCGACCAAACUGGACGAACUAUCCAGGGAAAAUGACAUAUUCAGCAGACGGGAGAUCAACUCCGACUCUCAGAGAUUUAAACCCGCGAAGGUCAGACCCGCGGAUAAUUUACCAACGUUUACGGUGAAGCACGAGUACGUGGCCAGCAGCUUCGACAACAUCGAAGACGAACAGCCAAAGAACUUCAGGCCCCGUUUGCCGAAGAUCUUCAAGCCUCAGCCGAAAGCCCUCGCGCCCAAGAAGCCCGACACGAAGCCAUUAGCUACCGUGACCUAUCACGGUUUCGCCGAUUUCACCACUACCGUCGGGGAAACCGUCAUCGUUUUCUCCCCCAGCACGUCGCCCGCCCCCGCGGGUCGUCCCGCCACCACGAUCAAAGGAGAUGCGACACUCAGGCCCGACGACGGGAUCGCCGUGAUGGAAAUCAGGCCCACGAGUAUCGUGGCUGGUCAAGAGAAGACCGUACAACACCCUGGACUCGAAAUACCGUACAGUUCGGAGGGUGGAUCGGGCGAUGCUCUGUUGGACGCUAUCAACAGUGCCAACAUUCAACCUAGCGUCACCGAGGACUACGAAAUCGACUCGUCCACCGUGUCCACGGAGCCACUGCUCCUGGUGCCGGACGUGGAGACGGGAUCUCUGAAACCCACCGGCCUUCUCAAGGUCCUAGAUUCGACCACCUCUCUGGAUGGCACUACCACCCAUUAUAAAAGUCUCAUUUACGGUACCUACAUAGGCACCAACUAUGCUCAAAUCAUUCACACGUCCUCGAACGUCUACUUUUUCCCCGACGAAGCCACCAGGAUCUACGACACCGAAGAUACUACCGUGGAUUACGGAACCACCGUCGCGGAGGAUAACGAAGGCGAACAAGAAACCACGUUCGAGGUUACGACCGGUACCACACCAAGAGCGAUCGCCACGAGCGAGGAAACUCCGGAGAUCAACGAACUGACCACUCCGUUGAGGGACACCACCGACAGUGUGCUGACUACCCUGAAGGAUAUCUUGGAGAGCGCUAGGAGGGUUCUAGGGACCACCGAAUCGGCUGCACCGGUCCUGAACGACGAGAUUCCAAACGAUAUCUUGCCGGGAGAUCCGCAAGGACGUAGCAUCAAAGGUGGUAGUCCGAAGAACGAUCUUGGGCAUAAUCGCAAGGAACAUGGGUUCACCGAGACGGAGGAGAAGCCCACGCUUGCCACCAGGAUCCUCCCGUCUACCGUGUACAAGACUUUCACGUACUUCACGACCUUCUUCAUUCCCGAUGGCGUGGAAACUACCACCUCGAUACGUUCCAGGGAAGUGGUUUCAUCGGAGGUCACUUACUUGACGGAGCUGAUUCAGCCGAGCGAAACUACAGCUGUUCUUCCCACGGUACACGCGGAACCGACGACGAUUCGAACCGCUCCGAGCUUGAUCAGUGCGGCGGAGGAAGAACAGACCACCAAGCAAGACGAAGAGAUAGAACUGAUCUUCAAGACUCUGUACACCACUUACACGUACUUGACGACGUUCUUCCAGGAGAACACGUCCAGCGUCUCCAGCCGCGAGGUCGUCGAGACGAACGUCAUUACUCAGACCGUCGGCCCCAACGGCGUAUCCGCGGUCGUUGCAGGACUCUUCGAGAAAGACGAAUCCGUCGCCAUAUCUUCGACGAGAACUUCCGAAAGCAUUCUACCCUCGGUCGUCCCACGGCCGGAACAGGGAACCGAGAAGUAUCCUACUACCUUGGAACAAACCACGGAAGAUACUCUGACCACGUUGCAAGAACAGGAUACUACCACCGAUCAGAACAUCCCCACGGAAUCGGAGAUAACUGUCAACGACUUCGAGGACACCGAUCGACCCAUCAUCGAACCGAGUCCGACUCCGGUUCUGCCAACAGAGUCUGCCAAGGAACAGAUCAAGACUUAUUACACCACGUACACUUACUUCACCACGAUCUUCGUCGACGACGAAACGGAAAUAGAAACCAGAACAGAGGUGUUCACGAACGUGGUGACGGAAACUAUUCAACCAACCGCCGUGGUACCGGCCACUCAAGAGACUCUAGAGCCAACGACGCCGAAAGUCGAGCAACCUAAUCAACCAGCCGUUCCUCCGGAGAUUUUGGCCUAUCUGGAAGCACUCCAGAGACAGAAAUCCCAAGAGGAGGCGCUUCUUCUGGCGAAGAAGGCGCAGCAGCAGGCUGCCACCGGCGAGGAUGAAAAUACGACCGCGUUCGAAGCCAGAUCGGAAACGACAGAAUCCUCCACCACGGUGGAGGAUAAAUCGAGCAGCGAGAAUCUCUUCCGUGGUUUCGAAGUAAACGCCCAAGUGACACCCAAUCCUCCCGUGGAAGGCGAGGUGUUAGGAUCCAUGGUCACAGACGUGGUGUCCUCGUCUAGUUCCGGCGGUGGAACGGUCUUGGACGCGAUGGACAAGCGAAACGCGGUUCCAGAGGAUCAAGAAUUGUCGGAGUCGAACCACCACGACGUGGAACCAGCGCCUACGCUUCUUCUUCAAACCAGUUACACGACUUUUACGUACUUCACCACGAUGUACAAGGGUGACGAGACGAACGUGGUCAGUCGCCUCGAGACUGUAACCAACGUCGCGACGGAAACCAUCAGGCCCACGGCCGUAGUACCCGUGGAGACGAGCACUUUGCCCGUCACUUACUUCACAACGUUCACCUAUUGGACGACCUUCUACAAAGCUGGCGACACCGUGACGACGAGUCGCGAGGAAACCGUCAGCAACGUCGUGACUCCAGGAAUCGCGGCCACGCCGACCGUGGAGCUUGGCGUCAUCAUGACUUACAGGCCAACGACUUCGUUAGAGGAAAACGGUCUGACGACCGACAAAGAAUCGAAGAUCACAGCUGAGAACGAGGUAACGCCCUCGGACAUCGCUCCGACGGAAACGUCCAAAACGGAGGAAACGUCUUCGACUUCGACGUCGACUACCACGACCUCCAAAGACGUCCCUACGGUCUCUCCCACGGAUACCUCGACCGUUUCGCCAGAACCCACCACCUACUAUACCACGUACACGUAUUUUACGACUUCUUACAUCGGUAACGAGACCAUAUUGAACAGCAGACUAGAGACAGUGACCAGCGUUUCGAUUCCGGAAGUGGUCGCGACGCAACAAGUAGCGACCGGUAGAGCAAUCGACGGUCCGGUGUACCAACAGAGCCUGGCGACCGAGGCGAAGCCGGUCACGCCGUCAAAGGUUACCGAACAGCCAAAAAUAGGUCUGAUUUCGACGAUUCGAUCGAGCCAGGUCAACGACGGGACCACCACCCAUUACACGACCGACGUACACGGCACGUACAUCGACGGAUUGUACGCUCAAGUCGUAGAGAGCUCGACGAGAAUAGAGAAGCCGCCAGUACCGUCUUCGUCCGUUCCUACUCCCGUUCUUCCGACGGGAGUGUUGUCCUUGAACAAGGGUAGCGUCGUGGACGCUGACGAAAUAACGACGAUCUACUUCACCACGAAACAAAUUGGUACCCUGUUCGACGGCCUGUAUGCCAAAGUCAUCGAGAGUACUUCGAGCACGAAGAUCGACGCGGAGAGGAAGGCUACCGUUUCGCCUGUUCCGGGUCAUCGAACCGGUCUGGUACGAUUGAUACAGGGUCAGAUCGAGAACAAUGGAACCACCACGUAUUACCAGUCGAAAGUAAUCGGUACCAGCAUCGAGGGCAGGUACGCCCAAAUCAUCGAAAGCACCUCGAGUUUCUUAUCGGCGACUCCGACGAUCAACAUCGCUCCGACGUCGACCUUGCCACCUACCAAACCAACGGAAAUUCCAGAAAUCUCGCCCUCGCCGGCGGUGAUCCAAUCGUCCCUGUCCGAAGACCCCACGACGGAGUCUCCCGACCAGGAAGAGGACUCUGAAGAGAACGAAGAGGAGGAAGAAGAGGACGAGGAGGGCAAGGAUGGACAGAGUUCCAAGAAGAAGUCGAGAUUGACGUUCUCGACGAAAAAGAGGUCGUUCACUCCGGCCAUCAGGCCGUUUGCCUCGAGAAACAGACCGACGUUCAAUCCUAAACGCAAGGGAGCGCAAGGAGCAACUACGAUUACCAGAACGGAUAUAACGCCCACUAUAACAGCAACCUUGGCUGGAAAAGGCAACAGAUUCGCUUCGUCCAGAGGUCGAAUCAGCUCACCGAUAGGACCGUACUCGUCGACGCUCUCGCCGUCGGGCUCCAGGAGGUUCGCUGGCAGAAGAGUCUCUCCAAAUACAGCGAGUUCUUACGCGUCGACCGUGCCAGGAAGCACGAGAGGCAGACAACAGUCCAGGAUAUCCCCGUCGUCCGUCUUCCAGGGGAACAGGCGAGGACCGACGUCAAUCAGAGGUUCCUCGGCCAGAGCUGCGACUCGAGCUUCGAGUUCAGCGUUCCCCGGAGCGUCCACCAGAUACAGAUCGCCCAUCCGUCCGUCUUCGACUCUGCUUCGAGGACAGGCAACGGUCAGACACGACGAUCAGGAAAACGACGCCAACGAGUACACUACCACCACUCUAAUAACGGAGGAGACACCGUACACGGAGGAUAUCGACGGCGGUGAAACCGUCACGGCGCUUUUGCAAACGACCACGGAGUCCUCCAGAAGAUCGACCAAUCCUCUGCUGAGGUUCCGCAGACCCAUCAAUUUGAACAAUUCCGGAAGAACGGCCACGACGGCCAGGUCACCGACCACCACCAGGAGAAAUGGUAAUUUGAACAGACCCACUUCACCGACGGUUCCUAAAGUCAGCAACUCCCGAAGCAACGGAAGGACGACCGUUCCGAUAUCUACUAGGCCGCGUCAGAGCGGUAUAGGCCUCUUCCCGCCUCGAGGUCUGUUCGGGAAGAAGCAAGAGUUGCCUACAGAGGAGCAGAUUGAGCCCAACGAGGAGCUGGAGAAUGACGGCGAAGAGAACUUUGAGGACGAGCCGGUGGAGGAAAUAGUCGACAACGAUUACGAGGGCUCGGAACACGAGGACAGAACCACGAACGUGAAUCGUCGUUCCGGGAAAUCCGUGAGACCGUCGCUACAAGCCAGGCCUUUCACGAGAGGAAGAAGAACUCGUCGACAGGCGAGUCAGUUAAGAUCUUAUUCGAGUCGUUUUCGACGACCGAGUCAGCCGGGUUCUUCGAAAGCCGAGGAUAAGGCUAACGUGACCGAAAAUACGUCCAGCAAGGAGGACACUGGAAAAUCCGCCACAAAACCGAUUGCUCGUUACAACAAUCGCGGAAGGUCACUGACGACGUCUCGGCCACCUCCGAAGACGGCUAACAAUCCGGAAAAGACGUCCGCAGAGUCGACGGAGCUCAGUCAAAGCAAAGUCAGACCUCGAGCUAAGCAGUCCAACGGCGACAGAACCGCCGCGCCCAGAAUAAAACCAUCCCCCGCGUCCAACAAUGGCAGACAAUUCACGUUAAGAGAAAAGGAUGGCGCCUCGUCGAGCAGAUCGAACUAUAAAAGACCCAGCGCUUCGGGAACGAGAAACAACGGUCGAUCCACGAGCACCACCGACAGAGUGAGACCCCCGAGGUUGAAAAACGGUUCCAACAAGUCCUCCGAAUCGUCGAGUUCGAACUCGAGGCGAGUGCCUCCAUCUCGCGCGCCCUCCAGACCUGCGACUAGAAACGGUAGUAGAAGGGGUACGUCGUCCUCGCGAUCGAAAGGAUCUCUCGAGGACAUUAGGGAAUCGCCCACCGUUUACCCAGACUAUGACGGAACUAUCACGGUCACGCAUUACGUCCCCACCGAGGUGACGAUCCCCGUUGUAAAUAAUGGUAUCACGGAGCAUCGAAAUAUCAUAACGGCCCAGCCUAGCACCGAAGUUUUAGCCCCCUCUCAAUAUAGCACCGUGACAGGUGGCGACGGCAGGCCGCUCGUUGUAAUCGUUAGCGAAGUGACCGGUACUAACGUGCAAGGUCAAACCGAGGUCACGCGAUUCCUGCUCCACGAGACGCCCACCACUCGGGUCUCCCACACGCUGACCACCCUCGGGGGUCGCAGAGCCUCGCAAUCGGUGAUCGUGCCCACGACCGUUUAUUCCGUAGAGAACGUCGUCUCCACGGUGCAAUCGUCUCUCUCCGGGAACGCCCCGCUCGCGAACAUCCUGCUAUCGCAGCUGCUUCUCGGUCAGUUAGGUCAGGCGAACCCGUUGCUCCAGCCCCAGGGCACCCCGUCCACACAGUACAACACGCGCACGACAUCCUACGUCACCACGAUCACUAAACAACAGAGCACCGUGAUCCCCCUUACCUUCCGGGGUAAGGAAAUCCUGACGACUCUGGUGGACACGUCGACCGGCGUCGUCACCGCGACGGAGUUCAUCACGGACACGGUCGUGGUGACCCCGACAGCGGCCCUGCCCGCGGCCAACCUGAAUUCCCUGCUGUUGCUGCUCCAGCAACCCCAGCAGUCGUCCAAGAACCCCAAUCCCCUGCUGGACCCUCUGUUCGCCGCGACCCCGUUCACCCAGAGCAACACGCUGCCAGGGGAGGUCGAGAGGAGGCACCAGCCCGCGGAUUCGGACUACAAGCAGGACAGCUACGAGUACUCCGACGACGAAGACGCGCGCGACUACAAGUCCUCCAGGCCGCGCAACAGCCGAGGCAAAUCGAACGAGAAGAAGGACGAACGUUCCGCCGCCCCGAAGGAGGAAUCCAGCGUGGUGACGCUCUACGUCUCCGGGCGGAGGCCAGGAGAGUUCAGCACCGUUCUGAGCACCGUAAAGGUGACCGACACGGUCAGCUCGUCCAGGAAGCGACGGGCCGCCGGAGAUGAUACCGUCGAGGUUCGACCUUCCGUUCCGCCGUCCUUGCACGCGGGUCCUGAAGAACCGACUAUUCUGGCGGGCAGCGAGGAUACGAACGACGCACACGCACCGACAGAGAGUCUCGAGAGCGUAGUGGGUGACGUCGGACGGCACAUUUCCACAUCCAUCCUCGCCUGAUCCUUGACGAGCCUCUUCACCGAUCUUUCCCCCUUCUCCCCUAACUGUCCAUUCUUAAUUAAGUUGCGACUCGCGGAAACCCACCUAGACCGAAGCUGACGACCUUUCCGGGCGUUUCGCGGGGGAGGUCAGCGGCUCGCUGACCGUGUAAUAUAGCGGAGCCCCCAAGGAUCGCUCCUCGACGAAUCCGCGACACAAUCUAUCUCUAUCUAUUUCUCUCUACUAUCUCUUGGCCGGAGAAUCGUGGAAAGCUCGCAGCUUCGGUCGACCGAGAGCCACGCGCUAGCUGGACUCUCGGUACCCGUACUCUUCGUCCUGUUCGCUCUCCCCAGUCUUUCUUCUAUUAUUUUCCUUCGAACACUCCCCCUUCGAGCGUCGUCCUCUUACUUCCAUCUACUAACACAGCCUUGAAUCCGCCGCCGCACGCGCGCCCACACGACCAACAAACCCAACGCAUGGUACCUCCCUGUUUGUCGGACAACAUCGCAGUAAACACACCGCGCGAUGGGGAUAACCGCUACUAUGUGCACGAGAAACAAUGUAUGAUCGAAUAUCGGAUGGUCGUUUAACCCACCGGACGCUUAACGCUCGACGAGAAUCCCCUUCUGCUCGGUUGCUCGGUCGCGUAGUUGUAACGAGAAGCAACGAGGAUAAACGCGUCCACAGAAACCAGCCAAAACGUCGACUUUUCAGAUGAUAGCCCCGACGACUAUCCGCACGCCGACUUUGAUAGCAAACGCGAGAGAGACGGUUGGUCGAACGACGAGACCGACGAGAA